ACUUGCUGUCACUGUAAAAGUAAAAGGCCUAUGUUUCAAAGUGUUAUUUUUUAUUGCUAUCACCAAUGAUGUUUUUUUCAACAAAACAAUGCAAUUGUUAAUAUACCAAUAAGUAAAAUAACAUUCCUUUUGAGUUUGAGGAUUUAAUCUUAAAUAGACGAGUAAUUAUGGAUAAAUUAACUGUUAUAUCGGGAACUUUGUUCAUGGCAGCAGAUGUUUUUGCAAUAGUAAGUCUGGCUAUGCCAGAUUGGAUAAUUACUGAUGUAGGAGGUGAUACACGUCUUGGCUUAAUGUGGUCUUGUAUGGCACUCUACAACAGACCCCAAGUAUGUUUUACACCCGACCUUCAACCGGAAUGGCUUCUAGCGCUAAUAUGUAUCCUCAUUGGAUGUGUUUGUAUAACAAGCACUGUUAUCCUUUUAGCGUCAAGUCAUUUUGAUCGUAAUGUCAUUCCAUAUGCAAGAUGGGUUGGAUUUGCUGCCAUGGUGGCAUUUUGUCUUGCUGCAGUUAUUUUCCCCAUGGGCUUCCAUGUGGAUGAGAUUGGUGGGCAACCAUAUCAACUUCCUAAUAGUCACCAAGUUGGUAUAUCAUACAUAUUGUUUGUGCUGUCUUUAUGGAUAACAGUAAUAUCAGAGUUGUUUGCGGGGAAAGUAUGUUUACCUCAUUUUUAAGUAAUAACAAGAUAAUUAAGUUUUAUUUUGGUGAAUUUAUAAUUAUUUAUGUUAACUAGCAUAUAAAUUAACUAGAUGUAUAGAGUGUAAAAUCUCAUUUAAAAUAAGUUAUUAUAGAUAAGUCAAGUUUGUUAUCAUAUGUAAGUGGUAAAAAAUUAUCUAAUAAAUAAUUUAAACAUUUUAA